AUGCACUUCGCAGAGGCUUUGAAGCCUCAGGACGUGGAGGGCGGGCCAGUCCUCUUCCUACCGCAGCUCCUGCAUGUCCUGGCAUUGCACAUGAAGCAGGCAGGGCCUAAACUUGCGAAUGCUGCCGCGUUCUUCGGCUUCGGAGGUUGGAUACGAAACUUGACCCGGUAUGUGUAA